CCUAUAGGGAAGGUUGAACAUAGAUUGAAGAGUAUUGUAAAAAAAUAGAUUCUACAUGUACAAUCUCAAAAGUCACAACAUGUACACAAUUCUUUAUGUUAAUUGCCGCCCUCGAUAAAAUAUUGGGAAAAUGAGAAAUGGACUAUGAUGUGAUAGUAGUGGGAGCAGGGGUGGAGGGAAGCUCUACUGCAUACCAGCUCAUCAAGAAUGGAGUCAGGAGAGUGCUGCUUCUGGAGCAGUUUCAUGCCCUCCACACCCGAGGCAGCUCUCACGGGGGGUCAAGGUUUACGAGGAAGUUUUCUACUCAGCCGGACGCUGUCAACCAUAUGUUUGCUGAGUCAGCUAAAGUAUACCAGGAGCUCAGUGAUAAAUGUGGCAAAAAGCUCUGCACACCAGUGAGUGUUGUGUCCUUUGGUCGCAAGGACUGUCCCUACAUACAGCGUACAAUUGAUGCAGUGAGGGAGGACAGUGUGGAGCAGCCCCUCAUCUCUGCCAGAGAGAUGAACAGCAGGUUUCCAGACCAGAUCAGUAUGCCUGACGACUUCAGCUGUGUCUGGGACAACAGACCUUCCACUAAACUGCUAGCACCUUCACUCAUAGUAGCAACCUUUCAAGACUUGUUUGUGCGCGGAGGUGGUGUGCUGCUUGACAACCACUGUGUGAUGGACAUUGUUCCUGGAGACAGGGUGAUUGUGAGAACUAACAAGGGAGACUUCAGCUCACGGAAGGUAGUCAUCACUGCAGGAGCCUGGGCCCCCAAACUCAUCAGCAAGCUCGGGGUGCAAUUGCCUAUCAAGGUACAGAGGGCAGAGGUAUUGUACUUUAAAGUGGACUGUCCUGAUAAAUUCUCCCUCGACAAAUUCCCCAUCCUAGUCUAUGAGAAUGAGGUGCUGAAGAUGGACAAGUUUUAUGCUUUCCCACAAUAUGAAUACCCUGGACUUAUCAAGGUGUAUUACCGAACAGCUCGUGACAUAGAGGUUGAUGAUCGUGAUGAGGGAGGGGCUGGACCAGAGUCAGUGGAGAAGGUGGUCCAGUUCAUCAAAACUUACCUCAGAGGAGUCGCUACAACACCAGCCAUCUUUGAGCCAUGUGUCUACUCACUGACUCCUGACAUUUUGCCAAUUGUGGAUGAAGUGCCAGGUCACUCUAACCUGCUGUUUGCUGCAGGGUUCUCAGGUAUUGGAUUCAAGUUGGCUCCAGCCAUUGGUCAAGUACUAACUGAAAUGGUUCUCGACAGACCACUGUCAUUUGACAUAUCAACUCUCAGGUUAAGUAGAUUUACAAUGAAAGAAAAACUAACUGUAGCCAAACUUUAAUUGUGUAUUAUGUCAAGUGAAUCA